UUGUAUCCAUCAAUAUGAAGCGGUUUAAGUUACAACUAAAAUUCCAAUGAAAGUCUACUCCACCUCCUUGUUACAACUUUUUAUUAUAUCGAGUUGUAUAGUAUAUGGCAAAGUAACAAGUCAUGAAGUAACAUUUUAUGUGCAAAAUAAAUGUUCAUUUCCUAUUUGGCCGGCGGUUGCCCCAAACUCCGGCCAUCCAGUGCUAGCCUCUGGUGGAUUUUAUCUGCCAUGCGGAGGUAUUGAACACAUUGAUGCUCCAUGGGGCUGGAGUGGUCGCAUUUGGGCUAGAACUGGCUGUGACUUCACCUCAAACUGGAAACAAGCUUGUGAAACAGGUGAUUGUGAUGGACAUUUGGAGUGUAAUGGAUUGAUCGGAAAACCCCCGGCAACACUUAUUCAAAUUGCGGUACAAGCAGACAAAUUCAAACCUAAUUUCUACGAUGUAAGUCUCGUGGACGGUUAUAAUCUCCCUGUAGCAGUGAACUCCAAACCCAUAUCAUCCAAAUGUGCCAUCUCAGGCUGCCAUAAAGAUCUCAAAACCACAUGUCCUGAAGAACUACAGGUUUUGAACGAAGAGGGACGAAUCGUGGCGUGCAAGAGUGCAUGCUUAGCGUUUGAUAACGACAGGUUUUGUUGCCGGAACGCGUAUGGAACCCCCGGAAAGUGCAAAAGAAAUAUGUACUCCAUGUUGUUUAAAGAGGCUUGUCCCAAUUAUUACAGUUAUGCCUACGACACACCUCCGCCUUUGGUCACUUGCUCCGCCAAAGAAUAUCUUAUCACAUUUUGUCCAUCGAGUUGGGGUCACAGUUCCACGUAAAAAAAACCUCUAAUAUAAAUGAUAUCAUAUAUCAAAUUAUGAUUGUAUUUUUUACUCAUGAACGUAUAAGGUUCGUAGAGUUCGCUUGGAUUCUUUGUCUCUGCCUUUAUUGGGCCUUGUAGCUUUCAUAAGAUGUGUGAGAUGUGUUAUGGACCGGUGAUCAUAUUAAUAAUUAAAGUGAAAUUAGUUUCGAUUUUA